AUGGCACCAUCCUCCUCCAAACGCGUCCGCGGCGCCAAACUCACCCGCCCCUUCAUCAUUGGCAACACCGCCCACGUCCUCCCGCACCCCUCCUUCCCCAACCCCCCACCCGCGCACACCAAAGCCUGGACCGUCUACGUGCGCCCGCUCCCCCACGGCCCUGACCUCACCACCUGGCUCAAGAAAGUCCAAUUCAAAUUGCACCACACCUACGCCGACGCUUCACGCACCAUCGAAGCGCCUGGCCCGUUCGAGGUGACGGAGACGGGGUACGGGGAGUUUGGGGUCGAGAUACGGUUGUAUUUCGCGCCGGAGGCGGGGGAGAAGGCUAUAUACCGGGAACAUUAUCUCGUGCUGGCGCCUUAUGGGACGGAGGAGCAGAAGGUUGUGAUGGAGCGGGAGAAUGUUGUUCGGGCGGAGCGGUUGGAAAUUGUGGAGUUCAACGAGCCGACGAUGGAGUUUUUCAAGAUGAUGGUGGGGGAGGAGCAGUUUGAUUGGUUGAAGGUGAAGAAGGGGCGGGGGAAGGGGAAGAAGCCGGAGAUGGUGUUGGAGAGUGGGGUGGUGCCGAGUACGCAGUUGCCGGAGAGGGGGGUGGAGGAGCCUGGGAAGGGUUUGGGGAGUGGAGGGGCGUGGAGUUUAGGGUAUGAGAGGCAGGUUGUACGGCAGUUGAAGGAGGCGGAGAAGGUGUUGGAGGGGAUGGUGGGCGAGGAGAAGAGGGCGAUGGAGGAGAGGCGGAAGAGGAUGGAGGAGUUGGGGGUGGCUGUUGCUGCGAAGUGA